AUGGGUAAGAAGAAGUCAGACGAGAGUGCCGCUACCAGCAAGGCGAAGCCAAGUGGGAAAGAGAAAUUAUCAGUGUCAGCUAUGCUUGCAAGCAUGGAUCAAAAAGAUGAUAAACCCAAGAAAGCUUCAUCAUCCAGAGCCAAGGCUGCUCCAAAAAAAGCUUCUUCUUAUAUUGAUGGUUUAGAUCUUCCUCCUUCUGAUGAAGAAGACGAGGGCGAUUCUGACGAGGAACAGAGAGAGAUGGAAGCGAGGAGGAAGCAGAAGAGCGAACAAAGGCAUCUUGAUAUCUCUAUGACUGACAAGGAACAAAAGAAGCGAGAGAUGAAAGAAAGAUUAGUUAGAGAGGCUGCAGAGCUUGCAAAGAGGGAGGCUUUGAGGGACGACCAUGAUGCGUUUACUGUUGUGAUUGGAAGCAAGACCUCGGUGCUUGAAGGAGAAGACACGGCGGAUGCGAAUGUUAAAGAUAUUACGAUCGAUUCUUUUUCUGUGUCUGCUCGAGGAAAAGAACUUCUGAAGAAUGCAUCUGUCAAGAUAUCACAUGGGAAAAGGUAUGGAUUGGUUGGGCCGAAUGGAAUGGGGAAGUCUACACUGUUAAAGCUUUUAGCGUGGAGGAAGAUCCCAGUUCCGAAGAAUAUUGAUGUUCUUCUUGUUGAGCAAGAGGUGGUUGGUGAUGAAAAGAGUGCUCUGAAUGCAGUUGUUUCUGCCAAUGAAGAAUUGGUUAAGCUACGGGAAGAGGCUGAAGCUCUCCAGAAUUCGUCUUCUGGAGCUGACGGAGAAAACGACGAUGAUGAUACUGGAGAAAAGCUUGCUGAAGUGUAUGAGAGGCUACAGAUCUUGGGGUCAGAUGCUGCUGAAGCACAGGCGGCUAAAAUUCUUUCUGGGUUAGGGUUCACAAAAGAGAUGCAAGUGCGUCCAACUAAGUCUUUCAGUGGUGGCUGGAGGAUGCGAAUAUCGUUAGCUAGAGCUCUCUUUGUGCAACCUACUCUUUUGUUGUUAGAUGAGCCUACCAACCAUCUUGACCUGAGAGCUGUUCUCUGGUUGGAGGAGUACUUGUGUCGCUGGAAGAAGACGUUGGUUGUUGUUUCACAUGACCGGGAUUUCCUCAACUCUGUCUGCACAGAUAUCAUACAUUUGCAUGACCAGAAUCUCCACUUCUAUCGUGGUAAUUUUGAUAGUUUCGAAAGUGGAUAUAUUCAGCGACGCAAGGAGAUGAACAAAAAGUUUGAGACUUUCGAGAAACAGGUUAAAGCAGCUAAGAAGUCUGGAAACCGAGUUCAACAAGAGAAGGUAAAGGACAGGGCCAAGUUUGCAGCUGCGAAAGAAGCAUCCAAGAGUAAGGGAAAGGGUAAAGAGGUGGAUGAGGAUGGCCCAGAAGCAGAAGCUCCAAGAAAGUGGAGAGAUUAUAGCGUGGAGUUCCAUUUUCCAGAACCAACCGAGCUCACUCCUCCUCUGUUGCAGCUGAUUGAGGUGAGCUUCUGCUACCCCAACAGACCAGAUUUCAGGCUCUCAAAUGUUGAUGUAGGUAUCGAUAUGGGUACACGGGUUGCUAUAGUUGGGCCUAACGGAGCUGGAAAAUCCACUCUUUUGAAUCUUCUUGCGGGAGAUUUAGAUCCGACAGAGGGCGAAGUGAGAAGAAGUCAGAAGCUGAGGAUUGGCAGGUAUUCUCAGCACUUUGUUGACCUGUUAACAAUGGGGGAAACACCGGUUCAGUAUCUUCUUCGUCUUCAUCCAGACCAAGAGGGAUUUAGCAAGCAAGAAGCUGUGCGUGCGAAGCUUGGAAAGUUUGGGCUACCAAGUCACAACCACUUAUCUCCAAUUGCAAAAUUGUCUGGAGGACAAAAAGCUAGGGUUGUGUUCACCUCGAUAUCAAUGUCGAAGCCACACAUUUUACUUUUCGACGAGCCAACAAAUCACUUAGACAUGCAGAGUAUAGAUGCGUUGGCGGAUGCCCUAGAUGAAUUCACAGGAGGAAUUGUGUUGGUGAGUCACGACUCAAGACUCAUAUCGCGUGUCUGUGCAGAAGAGGAGAAUAGUCAAAUUUGGGUUGUAGAAGACGGAACAGUGUCUUUCUUCGAAGGCUCAUUUGAAGAUUACAAAGAAGAUCUCCAAAGAGAAAUCAGAGCAGAGGUUGACGAGUGA